AAGCAAGAACAACACAUUGCGCAAUAUUUUUCCGAAUAUUGACUAAAUUUUACAAUGGUUUUCUUUUUCACUUGUAACAUUGUGUCACCACCCUAUUUAAUGUAUAUGGGUCUAGACAAAAAUGAAAAUGAAGAUUUGAUACGUUGGGGAUUUCCAGAAGAUGUUUGGUUUCAUGUUGACAAAGUAUCAUCUGCUCAUGUAUAUCUUAGAUUACAUGCUGGUGAAUCUUUAGAUGAUGUACCUCAAAUUGUGAUAGAUGAAUGUGCUCAACUUGUCAAAGCAAACAGUAUACAAGGUAACAAGAUGAACAAUGUAGAUGUAGUAUACACAAUGUGGGAUAAUCUCAAGAAAACAGCUGGCAUGGAUGUAGGACAAGUUGGUUUCCAUAAAAACAAAGAAGUAAGAAAAGUUAGAGUAGAAAAAAGAAUAAAUGAAAUAGUAAAUAGACUUAAUAAAACAAAAGAAGAAAAAUUUCCCGAUCUCCGAACGUUACGAGAGGAUAGAGACCGCGAGGAACGGGAAGAUCAGAGACAUAAAUUACAAGACCAGAAAAAACGGGAAAAGGAAGAAAUGGAGAGAAAAGAAAAAGAAAGAGAACAAAGAUCCUACUCAAAUUUGAUGACAGAGGAUAGAAUGACUUCUAAUAAGGAUGGCGGAAAUGAUUCGGACGAUUUUAUGUAAUAUACAUGUUGACUGUGAUACCAUCAUAUCCUGUAUGUUAACAGACUGUCUAUCUUUCUUAAACUUAAAAAACAUAAACCAGUCUGUGUAGACCAGUCACAAUAAAUUUUUUGCCAGCAGAAGUUGUGAAUAUGAGCAUUCAUAUAAUAAAUUAUUUGAAGAAGAAUUUACACUCAUUUUGAUUCAAACACAAGUCUUCAAAGAUCUAACAUGUAGAAUAUAUUGAAAGAUUGUACAUGUAUUACUAAAUCAAUUUCUUAAUGUAGUGAGGAGGUUGGUUACAUUUUGCUGAAUAUUUUA